GACAUGGACUUGUGCUAGUCCUCACUUUUGCGCAGGGGCUCGCGGAGCCUGCCAUUCCGCGUCGCGCGUCGCCUCCUGAAUGAAGCGCUUCCUCAGCGGCGGCGGCGCGCCGGCGAAGGUCGCACGGAAGGCGGCGACGCUCGCGCCCCGCGGCGACCCGCGGACCAUCAUCUGCUGGAACGUGGAGAACUUGAAAUCGCGCGCGACGCAGAACCGGCGCGAGGUGCGCGACUUCCUCGGCGCCUGCGGCGCCGACGUCGUCUUCCUCUCGGAGGUCAAGCUCGCCGCGCACUGCGACAAGGGCGCGAAGAAGGGCGACGGCGCGCCGAGGAAUCGGCGCCGCGUCAACGACAAAUUCCACGACGACAAGGUCCAGUGCGCCGCGCUCCUCGACGUCGGGCCCUUCGCGGCGCCCAUCUACUCGCUCGCGGACUGGCGCUACGCGGGCACGUGCUGCCUGCUCCGGAGCGACGGCCCCGCGCCGCGGCGCGUGUCCUUCUCGCUGGAGCCGCCCGACGCGCCGCCGGCGAGGAACUCCGUCGCCUUCGCGGACGACCACGACCCCGACGGCCGCGUCAUCGUGCUCGAGUACGAGACGCUCGUGGUCCUGCACACGUAUUCGCCGAACAACGGCAACGACGCCAAGUCCUUCGAGCGGCGCCGGCUCUGGGAGGCCAAGGUCCGCGCGUUCGCGGAGGCCGUCCGCGUGCGCGGGCGGAGCCUCGUCUACGUCGGCGACCUGAACUGCGCGCCGACGGACGACGACCUGAGCCACCCCGCCUGGUUCCGGGCGUGGAACAGCAACCAGCCGGGAAAACGCCUCGGCAAGGACCGCGAGCGCCUCGAGGCCGACGACGAGGGCCAGCCGGGCUGCACGCCGCGCGAGAGCCGCUACUUCGACGCGCUGCUCCGGGCGGGCGGGCUCUUUGACGCGUUCCGGGACGCGCGGGGCGCCGGCGCCGGCGCCGCGACGAUCGAGGGGCCCCACUUCUCCUGGCGGGGGCCGCCGGGAAGGGAUGGUUUGCCGGAGACGGGAAGGUACUACGGCAAGGGCAUGCGCAUCGACCACGCGCUCGUGUCCACGGGCGUCGCCGUCGAGUCCUGCGACCUGCUCGGCCGGGGCGUCGGCCGCGACGGCUUCAUGGGCUCGGACCACUGCCCGCUGCGGCUCGUGCUGCGCGGGUCCGCGGCGCCGGGCGCCGACGACGAGCGGAGCGCCGUGUCGUCGGACCUCGGCGACGCGUCCGAGGACGAGGAGCUCGGCGCGCUCGGCGACUUCCGGCCGUCGGCGCUGGGCCUGUCGCCGCCGCCCGGCCGCCUCUUCAAGUCGGCGUCGUCGGCGGCGUCCUCGUCGCCGACGCUGUCGCUGCCCGAGUCCUUCGACAACCUCGGAUCCGUCGCGAGCGGGCCCGGAGGCGCGCCGCGGGCGCCGGGCAACUACCUCGAGUACGGCCUGCGCCAGCAGCUCGAGGCCGAGCUCCAGAGCGCGACCGAGAAAAGACACGCGGAGCGGGAGGCGUACGGAGAGCGCCUCGAGGCCCUCGGCCGCGACAACGGCCAGCUGCGGAGCCGCGUCGAGAGUCUGGGCGGCGAGCUCGCGCGCGUGAAGCGCACGCUCCGGGACCGGCGCGACGCCAUCGACGCGGGGUUCCGCGACGGUUUAGGCGGCGACGACGCGGGCGACGAGCGCGUCUUCGCCCUCGUCGAGGAGCUGCGCACGCGGCCCCUGGAGGAGCUGACCCUGCGCGAGCUCGCCACCGUGCGCGUCGUCGAGGCCGGCGACGCGAGCCGCGCGGCGCGCGCCGAGGCGGCGCGCGCCGCGGCGGACGCCGCGGACGCGCGGCGCGAGAGCGAGAAGAGCGAGCGGGCGGCGCGCGUCGACCUGGAGGCUUUGGAGCACCGGAGCCGCCAGCGCGAGCGGUCCCUCGAGCUCGAGCUCGAGAGCACGAAGAAGGAUCUCGACGCGGCCUUGGCGCGCGUCGCGCGGUCGCGCGACGACGUCGAGGCGGGCCUGCGCACGGCGGCGAAGCUCGCGGACUGCGAGAUCGCCAAGAAGCGCCUCGAGGCGCGCCUCUCCUUCCUCGAGGAGCAGCACGGCAAGAGUUUGGACGCGGUGAGGGACGCGUCCGCGAUCGAGGGCGACGCGCUGCGGCGCAUCGCGGCGGCGGAGCGCGUCGCCGAGGUCGCCCAGGCCGAGGCGGCGCACCAGCGCGCCGUCGCCGCCGCGGAAGCGAAGCGCGCGGACGGCGCGGACUACCGCGCGGCGCUGUCCGACGAGGCCGUGCGCGAAAAAAGGGUCGCGCUCGCGGACGCGCAGAAGGCGCUCGCGGCGAACGCCGACGACUUCCGGGCGCGCCUCGAGGACCGGUCCGCGGAGCUCGCGGCGGCAACGGAGAAGCAGAUCACGAUCAUCCGCAGCGAGCGCGAGACGUUCGAGGGCCGCGAACUCGCGGCGCUGCGGGACGCGCGCGCGGACGCCGUCGAGGACGCGCGGCGCGAGCGCGAGGCGCGCCUCGGCAGCGAGCGCGCCGCGGCGUCGGCCCGCGCCGACGCCGCCGAGGCCGAGAGCCGCCGCGUCGCUGAUAUGGCCGAGGCCGCGGCGGAGCGGCGCGUGCUCGCCUACGAGCUCGCGGCGUCGUCGACGCGGCUCCAGGGCGCGGAGCGCGACGCCGCGGCGUUCAAGAUCGAGAACGGCGCGCUCAAGGAGCAGGUCGACGUCGCGAGCCGGGAGGUCGCCGCGCUCGAGGAGCGGCUGGCGUCGUCGAGGCGCGAGCGCGACGCGACCGUCGACGGGCUGGAGCACAAGGUCCGCGCCUACGAGACGCUCGAGCUCGAGCUCGACUCCGCCGUGCUGCGCUGCGCCGACGGCACGCGGGGCGUCGACGCGAACGGGAACGUGCUCGCGUCGCCGGAGCUCCGCGACGCCGCGCUCGCCGCGGGCCUGAGCCGGCCCGAGCGGCGCGUGCGCCACGCCGUGCUCCUCGCCCAGAAGCUGCUCAGGACGGAGGCCGAGCUCCGCGAGUCGCUCCAGGGCGAGGACGGCGCGCGCGCGGCCGCGGCCGCCGCGGCCGCGGACGCCGCGCUGACAAAGUUGAAGCUCGCGGACGCGGCCAAGCCGACCCAGUUCCUCCUCAGCGCCCUCGCGGACCGGGACAAGGCCGUCGCGGCGCUGCGGACCAAGCUCCACCGCGCCGACAAGGCCGCGACGGACGCCGCGAAUUCCGCGGACGCGACGGCGGAGCACAACGCGCGCCUCGAGACGGAGAUCCUGCGCCUCGUCAAGCACCGCGACGAGCUCGCCCAGCUCCGGUCCGCGCUCUCCCAGCUCCGGGCGCAGCAGCAGCAGCAGCCGCCGCCGCCGCCGCCGCCGGGCGCGUACCCGCCGGCCGCGUACCCGCCGCCGCCGGGCGCGUUCGCGCCGCCGCCGGGCCCGCCGCCCGUGGUCCUCGCGCCGCCGAGCGCCGCGCCCUCCGGCGCGCCCUCGGCCCGGAGCUCGCCGCGCGGCAUGCCCCCGCACACGACGCCGCGCCAGCCCGCGGCGGCGACGCCGGGCUACUACUCCCGGUCCCGCGCGGUCGUCCCGGAGGAGACGCAGCCGGAGGAGACCAAGACCGAGGCCCCGACCCGCCUCGAGACCCUCAAGAUGUCGCUCACGGAGUACGCGGAGUCCACCAAGAGCUACACGACGGAGAAGUACGAGAAGACGAAGACGCUCGUCAACGAGACCGUCGUCGAGCCGUACGCGCGCGCCGGCGUCGAGCCCGCGGUCAAGUACGUCGGCGACACGUACGAGGCCACGGACAAGAAGGUCAAGGAGAAGUACGCGGGCGCGAAGGUGUACACGGUGGAGACCUACGAGUCGUCCAAGGCCUACGCGGGCGAGACGUACGAGUCGGCCUACGCGACGGCGCUGUCCUACGUGCUCAAGAUCAAGGCCGCCCUCGGCUCGCGCGACAAGGCGCCCGAGCCCGUCACCGCCGAGGCGGUCGAGGAGCCCGUCGCCGUCUAGGCGGUCUCCCCCCCCGCGACCGCGUCGCGGCCUUCAGGCGCCGCGGCGGAGCGUCGCUCCCGUGAAUAAUGCCCCUGUGAUAUGAUCAGGCUUUAC